AUGAACGCGGCGCCUUUCCCCCUAGGGCGCCGUCCGAUCGCCCGCACCGCCUCAUGCGGUCGCCCGAUCCCCUUGCCUCGCGUCUUUGAUGCGCAGCCGAGGGCCAUUCGAUCAGUGCUCCAGGCGGACGCCUCGAGGCCAACCCAUUCGGGCGGCCGCAGCAGGCCCAUCGUUCGUGCGGAGGGAGACGGCGCCGGUGGGGUUGAUCCGCGAAUGGCCGAUAUGCAGAAACAGAUAGAGGAGAUGCAGAAGGACCCCCGCAUGGCGGGCCAGAUGAAGGCGAUGCAGGAUGCCAUGAAGAACCCGUCCGUGCAGAAGCAGAUGCAGCAGACGGUGGAGUACAUGCAGAGCGACGAGAUGAAGAAGAAGAUGGCGGCGAUCCAGGAGGACGAGGAGCUGAAGCCGAUGUUCGAGGAGCUGAAGACGGGGGGGAUGGGCGCCAUGAUGAAAUACAUGCGCGACGAGGGGAUGAUGCGCAAGCUGGCGCAGAAGAUGGGCCCGCCGCCGGAGUUCCUGGCCGGGGCGAGAGCACCUCAGGAUGGGGCGCCGGCGCCUGCGGCGGCACCGGCGGCGGCGGCAGCGGCAGCCCCCCCUGUGGCGCCUGAGGUGGAGAUCAACAAUCUGGUGGAUGCCGCCAAGGCGGCGGACCUGGAGGCGGUUGAGGACUUCCUGGCGAUCGGGAAGGACCCCAACAUGACGGACGAGCAGGAGCGCACCCCACUGCACUUUGCGGUGGCCACCGAGAACAUGGACGUCAUGGACGCGCUGAUGGGCGCGGGGGCGAAGCUGGAGGUGGUGGACUCAAUGAAGAACACGCCGCUGCACUACGCGGCCGGUUAUGGGAGAAAGGUCGCCGUGCGGCGGCUGCUGGACGCGGGGGCCAGCGGCGCGGUGAAGAAUGGGAAUGGGAAGACGCCUGCGGACUUGGCGAGGCUCAGCGCGGAGAACCCGGUUGGGAAGGAUGGGUCGUUGAUGGGCAUCCUGGACGAGGCGGCUGCCGGCGCGCCCGCGUUUCAGGACCAGUGA